GUGUCGGCCAAACUUUGCAGAUUGUUUUCGUGUCCCCCUUCACCUAAGGUUUCCAACCUCCCCUUUAAGGAUGUUCUUUAAGGUGACUUCAGCCAAUGAUGGGACCCUGUAUUCCACAGAAAGACCUGGUGAAACUUGAGCUGCUAGUUGUUUAAAGGGCUGUUCUCCCCCCACUCACAAGCCCCAAUCUCUUCGGGCUCGUUAGCAUAUCACGUGCCAGAACCUUAAUGAACUGGACACACGGGUCUUGGUUGCGCAUGCGCUCACGUAAAAUGUAGUUGGAAAUGAGGUGUCGGUCUUGGAGUAGUCGACUUUUAAAAACCAUCCGCAGCCCCUGAUAUGACGACUUCACUGGUUCUGCAUCCACGCUGGGCGGACACCUUGAUGUACGUUUAUGAAAAAAGCCCGAAUGAAAACAAUCCGAAUAAAAACCAAACAAUGGAGGGACUGAGCGGGAAUUGCCCGGCGACCCAUUGCAGGGACCUGAUGUCGCACCCCGGGUUGGGGCGACAUUCUGGCACUAUAGCGACUCACCAGGGCUCGGUGUACUCGGAUAUAUCUUCCCCAGACACCGGCCGACAGUGUCCUGCUCCCCAAACCUCCUCCAGUGCAUCUCUGAGCUACGGUUAUCCGUUUGGAAACCCUUAUUACGGUUGUAGGUUAUCUCACUCGCACAACGUGAACUUGCAGCAGAAGCCCUGCUCGUACCACCCCGCAGAGAAAUAUGCCGACCCCCACACCGCGUUGCCCACGGAAGAGGUGUCUAGCAGGGCGAAAGAGUUCGCCUUCUACCCCAGUUUUGCUAGCUCGUACCAAGCGGUCCCUGGAUAUCUAGAUAUGUCUGUGGUGCCCGGGAUCAGCCACCCCGAACCCAGGCACGACGCAUUGAUUCCUAUGGAGGGCUACCAGCACUGGGCUCUGUCAAAUGGCUGGGAUGGGCAGGUGUACUGUUCCAAGGAGCAAACACAGUCCACUCAUCUUUGGAAAUCCCCAUUUCCAGACGUAGUCCCUUUGCAGCCUGAGAUCAGUAGCUACCGUCGUGGACGUAAGAAACGGGUUCCCUACACCAAGCUCCAAUUGAAGGAGCUGGAGAAAGAGUACGCUGCCAGCAAGUUCAUCACCAAAGACAAAAGAAGACGCAUCUCCGCCGGGACCAACCUCUCAGAGCGCCAAGUCACCAUUUGGUUCCAGAACCGACGGGUGAAAGAGAAGAAAUUUGUCUGUAAAUCCAAGACUAGUAAUCACACGCCUACUACUUGAUAGAUUUCCGGCCCUUUGUACACUACAGCUGAUGUCCAUCCCACCGUCUUUCAAUCCAUAAUUUACCUCUUAGAGACAACCAAGCCUGAAGAAUACUUCGGCAGUGUAUUUUAUUUAAGUACCAACAGUCCACACAUCCAUGCCAUCACCAACCGCUCUUUUUUUUCGAUAUAGAGAAAGAAAUGCUAUAAAAACUGUGAAAAUAUUGAGAAAUCAGUUAAACAUUGUUUUAUAUGAAUGUACAUAUAUAAAUAUAUAAUAUUUAAAACGAUAUCUGUAUUUCAAAAAGACACAAGGAUUGCGUGUUUUUUUUCCAAACCAAUUGACAUUUACAGGACUUUUCGUCCAACAGACAGCCAAAUCCAAACAGACAUAUUAGAUAUGUUCAUCGCGCCAUCAACAGAAAGAGAAUUGCAAUAUGGACAUAAACUGGUCAGGGAGAACGACAACGAAUGAACUCGAAAGUCUACAGAAAAAAACUACAUGAGAUGUGUUCUCCUCAGCCAAGAACUCAAGAGGGUUUUUGCAGGGGCUACGGAUGAUAAAAUGGUUUUGUUCAAAACCGCCCCUGUCCCCGAUUUCAGAAGCUAUAUAUGUUUUCUUUCUGUAGGAUAUGUUUUGUUAAUAAGGUAAAAGCAAGGCUGCUAUUGUUGUACAUGUAGAGUGCAAUGCCUUUAUUAUUUAAUUCAUAUUCUGUCGUAUCACAGGGUUGUCAAUUGGAACGUCUCAAACCCUUUGUGUGUUCCUUUAUCAGUGAAGGAUAAUGUCUCUGUCAUGCAACUGGAAUGAUUGUAAGCAAUUAAAGUCAGUGAGUAUUACACAUAAAUGCACAAUCGAUUUCUUUGGUUUUCUGUUUAUAGUAGGCCUACGUAUAGUAAAAAACAACAACAUUUGGAUCUGUUCACACGCCUUCUAAGCAGACAGACUGUCUUGUAACUUUCUUUCGUGCAGUAUGUGAACUGUAUUGUGGUGUUUAAAACGUACUGGUAAGGUGUUUCCUAAAUAAAUGAUGAUGAAUAACAUGAUGUUGCUGAAAUAUGAUGAAUUAAAUGACGUGUUUCUUUCCUGUCUCCUCUAA